AUGACAACUUCACAGUCAACUCCUGCUGCACUUAGCGCAGAAAGCUUGUUCAAUGCUAAGGGUAUCGUCGCGGUUGUUACAGGUGGUGGUACAGGAAUUGGGCUUAUGAUAACUAAAGCUCUGGCCACUAAUGGCGCAUCUAAAGUAUACAUCAUAGGACGACGUCUGCAAGUCCUGCAGCAAGCCGCAGAACAGAUCGGCACCGGUAAUGUAAUUCCGGUUACCUGCGAUGUGACGUCUAAAGAGUCUUUGCAGUCGGCGGCAACUCAAAUCCAGCAGGACUCCGGAUUUAUUAACCUGCUAGUCUGCAACUCGGGCAUCGGUGGGCCGUAUGGGAACCGGCCCAGGCCCGAGACCACCUUGGAUGAGUUCAUCGAGGCCAAUUUGACCAUACCCAUCCAGGAUUACACUAAUACAUUCGCCGUCAACACUAGCGCUGUGUGGUAUACUACCAUAUCAUUUCUGAAGCUCUUGGACGCCGGUAACCUAAAGGGUAACGUGGAGCAGAAGAGUCAGGUUAUCGCCAUAAGCAGCAUCGGCGGCCUCAACAAGAUAAACACGGGAGGCUUCGCUUAUGGACAGAGCAAAGCCGCCUGCAUACACCUUAUUAAGCAGUUAAGUGUGGCACUACCACAGUGGAAUAUCAGAGCCAACGUCAUAUGCCCUGGCCUCUACCCGAGCGAGAUGUCGGCCCCUAUUAUAGAAAAAGGAGGAAUCGGAAAAGAUAUGGUGCCUCUCGAGCGUGCCGGAGAUGAGAAGGAUAUGGCGGGCGCUGUCCUCUAUCUCGCCUCCAGGGCUGGUGCCUACUGCAAUGGCACCGUACUUGUGACUGAUGGAGGAAGGUUGACUACGUUCCCCUCGACCUUCUAG